AUGGAGCAGACUCCCGAACAAACCCCUGGCUCUGAACAGGCUAUAACCGUAGAUACCCAAUACUUCCAUGAGGUUCUUAAGCACUUCAACGAAGACGGGUAUCUUAUUAACAAGAAUACUAGACUCAACAUCAAGUGUCAUAUUUGCCAGGUCGCACAUCUAAGCCUCGUAAACCAUGACCUUGAUAAAAGGUCACGAACCACUCACGAACCUUUUGCAGUUUUACCUAAAUGUGGUCAUGCCUUCGGCUACAAAUGUAUCUCCCAGUGGCUGAUGAAAGACAUCAAUGUAAAAAAUUCCCAGUGUCCAACAUGUCGUAUGGAUGUCUUCCGCAGCAGGAUGCAACCCGAGGUACUCCCCAUCUUCGGUACCUGUGAGCCAGAAGAGCAACACCUGGAGAUAGUCGCCAUUAGGGAGAGUCUUCGCAGGAACGAUACGCCGCCAACGGAGCCAAGAACAGGCAUGGAAUUGCUGAGAGGUCCAGAAUGGUUGAUUCUGCAGAACCCUGCCUUGCUACUUCUAGAUGAAGAAGAAGAACGAACGGCCUUCAGAAUGCUAUGGGGGUUUGGUCCGUAA